GAUGGAACACCGAGGCACCGACGGAAUGCUCCGAAUUGCCACAUAAUCCCCUGGAACGGCCGCGCCGCACGCCAUUGGCUUCUCCCUCGUCGCCGCGCCGCCGCCGCCGCCGUCUCCCACCUCGGGCUCACCGCCUCGCUCUCGUGCCGCUGCCUCCGGAGCUGGGGGGGAAGCGCGAAGCCCCACUGCAAUGGAGCCCGCCGCCGCGGCUACGGCGCAGCGACUCCCAGAGACCAGCAGGGAGGACCGAGCUCCGGCUCCGGCUCCGGCCCCGGCUCCGGCGGCGGCGGCGGCGGCGGCGGCGGCGGCCGGGGGCGGCCGGAGCCCGGAGCCCGCGCUGCCCCUGGCGGCCCCGGCCGGCGGGGCGCGGAAAGAGGCCCCCGGCGAGGCGCUGCCGGGCCGGGCGGGAGGCGCUGGGCGGCGGCGGCGGCGCGGCGCGCCCCAGCCCACCGCCGGCGGGGCUGCCCCGGGGCCGGGGGCCGGCGGCGGCGCUAACUCCCUCCUGCUGCGGAGAGGGCGGCUGAAAAGGAAUCUGUCCGCCGCCGCCGCCGCCUCGUCGUCCUCCUCGUCGUCGUCGUCGUCGUCGUCGUCGUCGUCGUCCUCGGCCGCCGCCGCCUCGCACUGCCCCGGCGCCGCCGGCCUCUCGGCGCCCUGCUCGGCCUCGGCGUCGCUGUGCACCCGGAGCCUGGACAGGAAGACGCUGCUCCUGAAGCACCGGCAGAUGCUGCAGCUGCAGCCGUCGGACCGGGACUGGGUGAGGCAGCAGCUCCAGCGGGGCUGCGUGCACGUGUUCGACCGCCACCUGGCCUCCACCUACCUGCGCCCGGUGCUGUGCACGCUGGACACCACGGCCGGCGAGGUGGCCGCCCGCCUCCUGCAGGUGGGCCACAAGGGCGGCGGCGUGGUGAGGGUGCCGGGCAGGGCCCCCGCGGCCCCGCGGCCUCCAGCCCGCCCCAGCCCCCGACCGGGAGGCUGCGCCGCCCCCGCCGCCGUCGGGGACCCGUCCGCUGCGCGCCCACCGCGGACCUUGCCGCUUGCCCGCGGCCCCAGUCGGGCGGAACGCGCCGCGCCUCCCGCGCCAGCCCCCGCGCCGUCGGACUCCAGCCCGGGGAGGCCGGGCGCCGGCGGGCCCUGGACGGCGCGGCGGCGGGGCGCGGCCUCCGACACCGAGAGCUUCAGCCUGAGCCCCAGCGCCGAGAGCGUGUCGGACCGGCUGGACCCCUACAGCAGCGGCAGCGGCUCCUCGUCGUCGUGCGAGGAGCUGGAGGGUGACCCGGCCCCGGCCCCGGCCCCGGCCCCGGCCCCGGCCCUGGCCCUGCCCGGCCGCUGCGCGCAGCCCCGGCCGCCCUCCCCGACGGCCUCCCCGCCGCCGCUGCAGCCGAAAGGCCCGCGGGGCGUCGACGGCCCGGGAGGGGCCGCCCGCGACCGGCCUCGGGAGGAGAAGGCGGCGGCAGCCGCGGCCCCGGGCCGCCCCCCGAGCGCGCCGGAGAAGGCGCCGCCGCCGCCCACCCUGUACGUGCAGCUCCACGGGGAGGCCACCCGGCGCCUGGAGGCCGACGAGAAGCCGUUGCAGAUCCAGAAUGACUACCUCUUCCAGCUGGGGUUUGGGGAGUUGUGGAGGGUGCAGGAGGAGGGCAUGGACUCGGAGGUCGGCUGCCUCAUCCGCUUCUACGCAGGAAAACCUCACAGCACCGGUAGCUCUGAACGGAUUCAGCUCUCAGGAAUGUAUAAUGUCCGUAAAGGCAAAAUGCAGUUGCCAGUGAACCGAUGGACCAGACGCCAAGUCAUCCUGUGUGGGACCUGCCUAAUAGUAUCAUCUGUGAAAGACAGCUUGACCGGAAAGAUGCAUGUUUUGCCACUAAUUGGUGGAAAAGUAGAAGAAGUGAAAAAGCACCAGCACUGUUUAGCAUUUAGCUCCUCUGGACCCCAAAGCCAGACCUACUACAUUUGUUUUGAUACAUUCACAGAGUAUUUAAGGUGGCUUCGACAAGUCUCCAAGGUUGCAUCACAGCGCAUUAGCUCAGUGGACCUCUCAUGUUGUAGCCUGGAGCAUCUGCCUGCCAACCUCUUCUACAGCCAAGACCUCACUCAUCUCAACUUAAAACAAAACUUCCUAAGGCAAAAUCCCUGCCUGCCAACUGCCAGGGGGCUCAACGAACUGCAAAGGUUCACCAAGUUGAAGAGUCUUAAUCUUUCCAAUAAUCAUUUAGGAGAAUUUCCGUUAGCCGUCUGCAAUAUUCCAACCUUGACCGAGCUGAACGUGUCCUGCAAUGCUCUUCGAGCAGUCCCAGCAGCCGUCGGAGUUAUGCACAACUUACAGACAUUUUUGCUGGAUGGAAACUUUCUCCAGGCGCUUCCUCCUGAGUUGGAGAACAUGCAUCAGCUUAGUUAUCUUGGUCUUUCUUUCAAUGAAUUCACUGACAUUCCAGAGAUUUUGGAGAAAUUGACUGCUGUGGAUAAACUUUGUAUGUCUGGAAACUGUAUGGAGACCCUGAGGCUAGAAGCUUUAAGAAAAAUGCCUCACAUUAAACAUGUGGAUCUAAGACUGAACGUAAUUAGGAAGCUAAUAGCAGAUGAAGUGGACUUUCUCCAGCAUGUCACUCAGCUUGAUCUGCGUGACAAUAAGCUUGGUGAUCUAGAUGCCAUGAUUUUCAAUAACAUUGAAGUUCUACACUGUGAAAGGAAUCAGCUGGUGACAUUAAACAUCUGUGGCUAUUUCCUAAAAGCGCUCUAUGCUGCUUCUAAUGAACUUGUUCAACUGGAUGUUUACCCAGUUCCAAAUUAUCUGUCCUACAUGGAUGUUUCACGGAACUGCUUAGAAAACGUGCCUGAGUGGGUAUGUGAAAGCCGAAAGCUAGAAGUUUUGGAUAUUGGCCAUAAUCAAAUAUGUGAACUUCCUGCACGCUUAUUUUGUCACAGCAGUCUCCGGAAGCUGCUGGCUGGACAUAACCAGCUGACAAGGCUACCUGAAAGGCUAGAAAGGACCUCAGUGGAGGUCUUGGAUGUGCAACACAACCAGCUCCUGGAGCUGCCACCGAACCUUCUCAUGAAGGCCGACAGCCUGAGAUUCCUGAAUGCCUCUGCAAACAAACUGGAAACCCUUCCUCCAGCCACUCUUUCUGAAGAGACGAACAGCAUCUUACAGGAGUUAUAUUUGACAAAUAACAACCUCACAGAUAAAUGUGUGCCCUUGUUAACAGGACACCCUCAUCUGAAGAUCCUUCACAUGGCCUAUAACCGACUACAAAGUUUUCCAGCAAGCAAAAUGGCAAAGCUGGAAGAACUUGAAGAAAUUGACAUCAGUGGAAAUAAACUAAAAGCUAUCCCGACAACCAUCAUGAAUUGCCGGCGCAUGCACACCAUGAUUGCUCACUCUAAUUGCAUUGAAGUCUUUCCUGAAGUUAUGCAGCUCCCAGAAAUCAAGUGCGUGGACCUGAGCUGUAAUGAGCUAAGUGAAGUCACUUUACCCGAAAACCUGCCUCCAAAACUUCAAGAACUAGACCUGACUGGAAACCCCCGACUUGCCCUCGAUCACAAGACCCUGGAACUGCUGAAUAAUAUCCGCUGUUUCAAGAUUGAUCAACCUUCAACAGGAGAUGCAUCUGGAGCCCCAGCUGUAUGGAGCCAUGGCUACACUGAAGCCUCAGGGGUGAAAAACAAGUUGUGCGUUGCAGCCCUGUCGGUGAACAACUUCUGCGACAACCGGGAGGCCCUCUAUGGGGUGUUUGAUGGAGACCGUAAUGUGGAGGUGCCCUACCUUCUCCAGUGCACUAUGAGUGACAUUUUGGCUGAAGAGCUGCAGAAAACAAAAAAUGAAGAAGAAUACAUGGUCAAUACGUUCAUUGUUAUGCAAAGGAAACUUGGAACAGCCGGACAGAAACUUGGAGGUGCUGCUGUCCUCUGUCAUAUCAAGCAUGACCCUGUGGACCCAGGAGGAUCCUUCACCUUGACCUCUGCUAACGUGGGCAAGUGCCAAACGGUUCUCUGUCGGAACGGGAAGCCGUUGCCUCUGUCCAGAUCAUACGUCAUGAGCUGUGAAGAAGAACGGAAGAGAAUUAAACAGCACAAGGCCAUUAUCACGGAGGACGGCAAGGUGAACGGCGUGACGGAGUCCACGCGCAUCCUGGGCUACACCUUCCUGCACCCCAGCGUGGUGCCGCGCCCCCACGUGCAGUCGGUGCCCCUGACCCCCCAGGACGAGUUCUUCAUCCUGGGCAGCAAGGGCUUGUGGGACAGCCUGUCCAGCGAGGAGGCGGUGGCCGCCGUGCGCCACGUGCCCGACGCCCUGGCCGCCGCCAAGAAGCUGUGCACCCUGGCCCAGAGCUACGGCUGCCACGACAGCCUGAGCGCCGUGGUGGUGCAGCUCAGCGUCACGGAGGACAGCUUCUGCUGCUGCGAGCUGGGCGCGGGGGGCGCCGGGCCGCCGCCCAGCCCCGGCAUCUUCCCGCCGUCCGUCAGCAUGGUGAUCAAGGACCGGCCGGCCGACGCGCUGGGUGUGCCGUCCUCCAGCAGCGGCAUGGCCUCCGAGAUGAGCAGCGAGCUGUCCACGUCCGAGAUGAGCAGCGAGGUGGGCUCCACGGCCUCGGACGAGCCGCCGUCGGGCGCGCUGGCCGAGAGCAGCCCGGCCUACGCCAGCGAGCCCCGCUGCACGCUGCACCCCGGGGGCCUGGCCAGCGCCUUCCAGCGCCAGCUGUCCAGCGCCACCUUCUCCAGCGCCUUCUCCGACAACGGCCUGGACAGCGACGACGAGGAGCCCAUCGAGGGCGUCUUCAGCAACGGCAGCCGCGUGGAGGUCGAGGUGGACAUCCACUGCGGCCGCGCCAGGGAGAAGGAGGCGCAGCGCCUGCUGCACGUGCCGGCCGAGGCCAGCGACGAGGGCAUCGUCACCAGCGCCAACGAGGACGAGCCGGGGCUGCCCCGGAGGCCGGACGGCGCGGCGGGGACCAUCGGGCGGCGCAGGCCCAACGGCUCGGUGGCGCCCCAGGAGAGGAGCCACAACGUGAUCGAGGUGGCCGCCGACGCGCCGCUCCGCAAGCCCGGGGGCUACUUCGCGGCGCCGGCCCAGCCGGACCCCGAGGACCAGUUCAUCAUCCCCCCGGAGCUGGAGGAGGAGGUCAAGGAGAUGAUGAAGCAGCAGCAGCAGCCUGCGGGCCUGCAGCCGGCGCCAAGGCCGAGCCCCGGGGACCCGCUGCCGGACUACUGUGACACGCCACUAUGACCCCCCCGGACGCCCGUUGGCAAAUAAACUAACCGAGAAAGAGUCUCCCAGGCUCACGUUAAACCAGGGGUUCACUCCACGCCCUCUCCCACGCCCCCACCCUGUCCUGGCACCUCCUCUGUAGGUUCUCCUUCUGUUGGCCAUUUUUAAAAACAAUUACCACUUUUCUUCUAGUGAUGCUUUACCAAUAUGAUUUGAAUUUGUUAACCUCUUCCCCUAACAUAUCAGAUGUGUAAAGACAAAGAACAAAAGGUUUAAUAUAUUACAGAGAAACAGUUAAUGAUAAUGUAAUAUUUUUUAAAAUGGCUUUUUGUUGUUUUGUUUGGAAGGCAGGGCAGGUUGCCAGUGCUAAAUGAUUUAAUAAUAUUGUAAUUCUGUAUUUCUUUGGGGGAAAGGCUUUUUUUUUUUUUUUUUUUUUUUUGUCUUGAAAAUGAUAGACAUUUGUAGAAUAUGGAGACUAACUCCUAGGAGUUGCUUUACUCUGUCAGGUGACUUAAGUCACUGGGAUUCACUAAUUUUCUCUGAGAGAACAGUUGAUUGAGAAAUUUCUAUUGUAAAUAGCUCAGUGUUGUAUAGUGACGCUUCAGAUGUUUUGUAGUUUUGGCGUAAGGACACAGCCCACACCACUGACUUUCCUCUUCCUUCCCCUUCCCUUGCCCACCCCGCAGUGUGAAGGCUGAGCAGCCAAGAGCACUUCUGUUCAGAUAGGGUGGACCUUAGGCCACUAGAAACAAACCUGCACCCCAGGGGCCUCUGCACCUUUUUUCCUCCUCCCCUGUCCACCGCCCCCCCCAACCCUCCUGACUUUUGCAGACACUUUUUGUGUUCCUUACUGCUGCCACAAUCAGCAUGAUUGUAUAGCGUUCAAUUAGAUCAUUUACAUACCAAGAGUUAUAUUAAAGCAGAAUGCACAAAUGAACAUGUCAUAAUUUUUGUUAUAAUAAAUACAAAAUUUACAAGUA